UAGAUCUGAAUCCUCUCCCACCUAAAUACAAUGUCAGACUCAGACCGUCAACAGAACUCGGUCAACGUAUAGAAAGACGGUAUAUUUUUAGUAUAGUCAAGUACCAAAUCGUUCGCAGACGUUUCUUCGUGAAUUGUUAAAAUAGAACUCAAAUUUCUAAAAAUCAGUGAACAAAAUUUUAUAUUAACUAUUUAACCACUAUGACCUAGAACUGACGGAACGUGAUAACGUAUGACUUUCGUGUUGCGGAUUAGAGUAUUGUGAAGUUUUUUAAUAUUCAGAGUCAUAACUUGAAUUAAAAAUGUAUGGAUUUGCUGUAAACCCGCAACAAUAUUAUAACGCGUAUCCAACUGUUGCGUAUAAUCAACCACCGAGUGCAAUUAACGGUUAUGGCUGGCAUGGAAAUGGAUAUGGGUGGCAAGCCGAUCCUUCCACGUGGCAUGUGCCAAGCCCGGAUGAACCACCUACCGAAGUUGUUGAAGAACCCAUGCUCACAGCUCAAAAGGUUGAGAAACAAGAGUCUUGGUUUGGUGAGCGAGGUUCGGGAUUUAAACGAGAUGAACCUCAAGAUUUCUAUUCUUUGCGCGACGAAUGUUUAGAUAAUGGAACGUUAUUUGAAGAUCCAGAUUUUCCACCAACUGAUUCUUCCUUGUUUUAUAGUAGACGACCAGAUAGAUAUUAUGAAUGGAAACGUCCACACGAAAUUUCCGAUAAUCCUCAAUUUUUCGUCGAGGGUUACUCGAGAUUCGACGUCCAACAAGGUGAAUUGGGUGACUGUUGGUUACUGGCAGCUGUCGCAAACCUAACAUUAUAUAAAAGAUUGUUCUUCCAAGUAGUUCCUGAUGAUCAGGGAUUUGAAGAAAAAUAUGCAGGCAUUUUUCACUUCAGAUUUUGGCAAUAUGGUCGCUGGGUUGACGUAGUUAUAGACGAUAGGUUACCCACGUAUCGCGGGCAGUUAGUAUUUUUACAUUCAACUGAAGAUAACGAAUUUUGGAGUGCCUUAUUAGAAAAAGCUUACGCCAAAUUACACGGUUCUUAUGAAGCUUUAAAAGGAGGCUCAACAUGUGAAGCUAUGGAAGAUUUUACUGGAGGUGUUACCGAAAUGUACGAAAUGAAUGCUUCUCCACCUAAUUUAUUUAAAAUUGUUUUAAAAGCAUUUGAAAGAUCUUCAUUAAUGGGCGCAUCUUUAGAGCCCGAUCCAAAUGUCUUAGAAGCGGAAACCGGCGAAGGUUUAAUCAGAGGUCACGCAUAUAGUAUCACUAGAGUGCGUUACGUCGAUAUAGAAACGCCCAACUCUAGAGGAAAGAUUCCAUUACUUAGACUAAGAAAUCCAUGGGGAAACGAAGCAGAAUGGAACGGACCUUGGAGUGAUAAAUCACCCGAAUGGCGUUUCAUUCCGGAACAUGAAAAACAAGAAUUAGGUUUAACAUUCGAUAAUGAUGGCGAAUUUUGGAUAUCAUUCAAAGAUUUUAUGCAACAUUUCGAUCGCUUAGAAAUAUGUAAUUUAAAUCCGGAUUCGUUGACGGAAGAAGAAUUAAGUGAAGGACAUAAAAAACGUUGGGAAGUUUCGUUCUUUGAAGGUGAAUGGGUUCGUGGUGUUACAGCUGGAGGAUGUAGAAAUUAUUUGGAAACAUUUUGGCAUAAUCCGCAAUAUAGGGUUACAUUAACGGAAGUUGAUGAUGAUGAUGAAGAAGGAAAAUGUACGCUUAUUGUUGCAUUGAUGCAAAAAAAUAGAAGGUCUCAACGUAAUAUGGGUAUAGAUGUCCUUACUGUUGGUUUUGCUAUUUACCAUUUACCAUAUCCAGAUAGAGUAUCAAAACCUUUAGACUUAAAUUUUUUCAAAUAUAAUGCUUCAGUGGCUCGAUCUCCAUCAUUUAUAAAUCUUCGUGAGGUUAGCUGCAGGUUCAAAUUACCUCCAGGAACGUACUGUAUAGUUCCGUCCACUUUUGAGCCAAGUGAAGAAGGCGAAUUCCUGUUGAGAAUCUUCUCAGAACACCAAAACAAUAUGGAAGAAAAUGACGCUCAAAUCGGCAUGGGUGAAGUUGAUAAAAGGGUUCGAAACGUUCAACCGACACCACAAAUUAAUCAGGUUAACGAUCAAGUUUAUGAAUUUUUCAAAAAAUUGGCUGGUGAGGACGGCGAAGUUGAUUGGAUGGAAUUAAAACAAGUUUUGGAUUAUGCUAUGAGAUUAGAUGGUCCGAUAGAGAAGAUGGGUAUGAAACAAGUGGAAGGUGUGGAAGGUGGUCCUGGCGGUCAACAAGGGGAUUUUCCUUGCUGCCAGGACAAGUCGAUGCUUUUGUGCAUCGGCGCUCUGUGCUGUUUCCUUUGUAUGCUUAUGUGCAAAGACAAAUCAAACCAAAAUCCGCAAGAUAUGUGCGGAGCUUGUACCGGUGGUAUUCUUGCGAAUUUAUGUGCUGGUAGUUUGGCCGGCCAAAUGCAACCGCAAAGAACUAAUGAUAAUCGAGUUUAUAAUUCGAUCGACAAUGAAAUUAUUACCGCGCCUCCAGAUCCAUCAAAUCCACCACAUCCGGCCAGUUAUGAGUUACAAAAUAAAGGAUUUUCAAAGGACGUUUGUAGGAGUAUGGUUGCAAUGCUCGAUUCUGAUCACUCAGGAAAGUUACGAUUCGAAGAAUUUAAAUCUUUAUGGCAUGAUGUAAGAGACUGGAAGAUGGCAUUCCGUUUGUAUGAUAGAGACAAUUCGGGAACUCUGGAUGGUUUUGAGCUGCGCCAAGCGUUCACCUCCGCAGGAUACAAUUUAAAUUAUCGCGUUUUAAACAUUUUAAUGCAUCGUUAUGGCAAUCAAAACGGUCAAAUGGAAUUUGACGAUUUCAUAAAUUGUGCGGUCAAGUUAAAAACGAUGUUAGGUAUAUUUGAGAGUAAAAACGAGGAUCGCAAAGACAAUGCGGAGUUUUCCUUAGAAGAAUGGAUAUGUAGCACAAUGUACGCUUAAAACUCAAAAUUGAUAGUUUUUUUAAUGAAAAUUAUUAAGUUAUAUAAGCUUCCAUCGCAGCGGCUUUUAUUUUAUAUUUAUAUUUAUGAAAUAUUCAGGUUCAACUUUCAACUAAUAUUCCGACAUAUAAAUUAGCAAUUAAUUACAUGUUAUAUACGUAAUUAAAAAAUGUUAUCUAU